AUGUCUCGAUCAGCGACCCGAAAUCCUGUUGGGGCAAGCAUUCUUGACCCGGGAACAGGAGCCAAUGUACAUUCGCGCCCAUCGCCUGAACAGGUACAGUCUCUGGGUAGGACAAAAGAUGGGAGAGCUUUGAAGAUACGUACCUAUCCAAAAUUUGAAUCGCUUUUGGAGGAACGCAUUUACCGCAAACAACAUCUCGCCGCGGCCUUUCGAAUCUUUGCGGACCGAGGGUUUGAUGAAGGUGUCGCUGGUCACAUUUCUGUCCGCGAUCCCAUUCUCACAGACCAUUUUUGGCUCAACCCGUUAUCUAUGCAUUUCUCUCAGAUUAGGGUCUCAGAUCUUAUACUCGUGGACGAAGAAGGUGCCAUAGUCGAAGGCGAUCAGCCAAUAAAUACCGCCGCAUUCACUAUCCACUCAGCUAUUCACAAAGCACGGCCAGAUGUUCACGCUGCCUGUCAUGCCCAUAGUGUCUAUGGAAAAGCGUUCUCCUGCUUUGGUCGCAAGCUUGAAAUGUUGACACAGGACUCUCUACGUUUCUACGAGGAUCACGCCGUUUACGAUAAAUUUGGUGGCGUUGUAGUAGACAAGGCGGAGGGCGAACGUAUUGCCAAGAGCCUCGGUAAAUGCAAAGCGGUUAUAUUGCAAAACCAUGGGCUUUUGACUGUGGGUCAGUCUGUCGAUGAAGCCGCUUUUUGGUUUAUAAGCCUGGACAAGACCUGCCAAGCACAGCUUCUAGCCGAUGCGGCUUCAACAGGAUCCGGUCAUAAGAAGAUAAGUAUCAGCAACGAAGAGGCGGAAUAUUCGAAAGCGAACGUCGGUGGACCUGACAAGGGAUGGCUGGCAUUUCAGCCCUACUACGAUGAACAGCUCGCCAAGACAAAUGGCCACUUCUUAGGCUAA